UGACAGCGAAAGUGAUAAUAAUAGCGAAAUUUCAGAGGAUAAAGAUCCAUUUGCAUUUUUUAGUUCUAAAUUAAGAGUUUCAAAAAUGAUUCGCAUCAUUGUUCUGAUUGAAUAUCCUGUUACUUCUUUGUAA